CGCCAGUCGGUUGGUGUGUGAGCUGCGGAGAACAUCGCGGGAACACUUUCUCCGUUUUCAAACGUAAAAAUGCCUUCAAAUUUUCCGAAACAGAUCAAAACGACUGCAGCAGAAGGUCUGCACCACGACACUCUUUCGUUCCAAAUCCAACUGCUGAUGUUAGUGCUGAGAUGACACAAUUAAUAUUGACGUCCUCAAUUAUCAUUGCGGUGCUACUUUCAUGUAUGAUUCAAUCAAGCCUGAUGAAGAAACAGAAGAAGAAGGCCUCUGAACAGCCCGUCAAGUUGUCGAAGGAGACGGUCACGGAGAGAGGUCUGGUGAACGAAGCAAUAAAAAGCCGCGAGAUUCUCAAGGAAUACAAAUCUUACUCGGAUGUGAAAAAAGACAUCAAGCACUUUGAAGGACCUACUUUGGCUUACAUCACUCCAUGGAACAGCCAUGGAUACAACAUUGCCAAAAUCUUCGGUGCCAAAUUCAAUCACAUCUCCCCGGUAUGGCUACAAGUAAAACGCAAACCCUCGGGUGCCUAUGUGAUGUCAGGAGGACAUGAUAUUGAUCAGGGUUGGGUCGAUGAGGUGAAGAGAGACAGGGAUGUUGAAAUAGUGCCGCGGGUCCUGUUCGACGGCUGGUCAGGUGCUGAUUAUAACGAACUGUUUUCUGGUGAAGACUCAAUGGAGGACUGCAUUAGUGCUAUACUCAAGUUCAUCAAAUCCUAUAAAUUUUCUGGCAUUGUUUUGGAGAUUUGGUCACAGCUUGGAGGUUACAGGAGAAAUGACCUGCUGCACUUCCUUGCACACAUGGGAGAGACUUUUCAUGCGAACAAAAAAACAUUCAUUGUUGUCCUGCCGCCUCCUUCUGGGAAAGGUGAUUCUUCCGUGAGCCCGGAUGACUUUGCCAAACUAGCACCAUUCGUGGAUGGAUUCAGCCUGAUGACAUAUGACUUCUCCAACCCCAUGAAGCCUGGUCCAAAUAGUCCGACCAUGUGGGUCCGUGCUUGCGUGGAACAUCUAGAACCAGAUCCUAAAUCUCCAAAUAGAAAAAAGAUCCUGCUAGGUUUAAAUUUCUACGGCAAUGAUUUCAUAACAGGUGCUGGUGGACCGAUUGUAGGAAACCAAUAUAUUGAAAUAUUAGAAAAACACAAACCAAAAAUAACGUGGGAUCCCGAAGUGGAGGAGCAUUUAUUCAGAUACAAGUCAGGUCUUGGUGAACACGUGGUCUACUAUCCUACUUUACAUUCCAUCCGAAAACGAAUAGAGUUAGCGAGAACUUUGGGAACAGGUAUAUCAAUAUGGGAGAUUGGACAAGGAUUGGACUAUUUCUACGACUUGUUGUGAAAAAUGUUAAAUGAACCAUCUUGAAGUGUACAUGUAUAGAGUGAGUGAGGACUGGGUUGGGCUCUUUCUACGACUUGUUAUGAAAUAUGUGACCCGUCACAGCAAAAGCAGGCGCAUGUCGCUCUGAGCUUGGCAGGUUGAGACGGACUGUUUGUUCAUUUCUCUAUUGUCUGCCUAUUGUGAAAUAUGAGCACAUCAAUUUCUUCCAUUAUCUCCUGGUGUCAUUUAGGCUCAUCUUCUGUGCGACAUGCGCCUGGUUUUGCUGUGAUGGGUCACAUAUGAUAAUGAAUUGAAAUGAGCCAUCCGAAAGUUAAUAGAAUUUACUAUACCGGCAUAUCGCAGUAUGGGGGAUACAUGCAGAGCUGUGUUUGGACUAUUUGUAAAAUGUCUGUAAAGAAAAAUUCAUUUUGCAAUAAAAUUGUGACACUCCUUGAUAGUUGUCCCUAAUUCUGAGA